GGCCUCUUUUCCAUGGAGAUCUGAGGGAUGGCCGCUUUUCAUCAUCACCACCACCACCACCACCAUCACCCACUUCAUCAACAGCACCCGAGCGCGGACCUGCGUAGGGUCCUGCACCGGCUCCUGAUCAUGUCAUCCAUGGGCAUCCUCUGCUUCUCCCUCAUCUACCUGCUGACCGGCUGCUGCGAGUCGGAGUUGACCGAGAGUCCCGCAGUCAGGUCCCCCGCGUCCGACGACCACCUCGGGUCCGGCUGGCUCCAGGUGCGGAACGGAACGGUGUACACCCGGAACCUCGCCGCGGAGAUCAAGACUGAUACGAUCGUCGGUCUGGCCGAACCGAGUGCCGCUGGUUCCGCCGGACCCCCGGAGACCAACUUGACCAAGGACUGGACCGCCACUCGCCGGCUGCCCCAGGCGAUGAUCAUUGGGGUGAAGAAGGGAGGCACCAGGGCGCUGCUGGAGUUCCUCCGCCUGCACCCUGACAUCCGCGCCCUGGGGUCGGAGCCCCACUUCUUCGACAGGCAUUACGCACGGGGCUUGGACUGGUACAGGAGCAUGAUGCCCAAGGCCCUGGAGGGACAGAUCGUCAUGGAGAAGACGCCGCGCUACUUCGUCAGCGCCGAGGCGCCGGAGCGGGUGCACGCCAUGUCCCGGGGCGUGAAGCUGAUCGUGGUGGUCCGCGACCCCGUGACCCGGGCCAUAUCCGACUACACCCAGAUCAUCUCCAAGACCCCCAACAUCCCCCCCUUCGAAGGCCUCGUCUUCAAGAACCGCACCACAGGUCAGAUCGACUCCCAGUGGAGCCCGCUGUGGAUCGGCCUGUACGCACAGCACCUGGAGCGCUGGCUGGCCUGGUUCCCCCGGCACCAGAUCCACCUGGUCAGCGGGGAGACGCUGAUCUCCGACCCGGCCGGCGAGCUGGCCCGGGUGCAGGACUUCCUGGGCCUCCAGCGCAUCGUGACCGACAAGCACUUCUACUUCAACAAGACCAAGGGCUUCCCCUGCCUGAAGAAGCCCGAGGGCAGCAGCAAGCCCCACUGCCUGGGCAAGACCAAGGGCCGCACGCACGCCUCCAUCCGCCCCGCCGUGGUCCGCCGGCUCCGGGACUUCUACCGGCCGCACAACCAGCGCUUCUACCGCAUGGUGGGCCAGGACUUUGGCUGGCAGUGA